CUUUCUUUCUUUCUUUCUUUUUUUUUUUUUUUUUCUUAUCAAAGAUAAUAACUAUGAUCUUAUCUACUCCUGAUCCUAACCCAUCUUCUUCUAGUUUAUUACGAAAACUAUCCACAAAAGAACCUUCUUUAUUUAGAAAUAAUAAAACUCGACGUAUCAAUACAUCACCUACUCCUUCAGCUACUUUAAGUCGUAUUCAAACAUUUGGUCGUACUUGGUUGAAUCCUUUUACUCGCAAUAGUAAAAAUCAAUCAUCAUCAUCAUCACCAUCCAUUGAACCACCUAUAAAUAUCUUUUCUCCUUCCAAUCAUCUUUCUACAAGACCAAUAUUAAGUAGACGUCGACCUUUAUCUCAUUUUAGUCAAGAUCAAAAGAAACCAUUACCAUCUUCUAUUCAUUCAAAACAACCACAUCGACGGCCUUAUAGUACUUUUGUUACUAAAGCACCUUUGAACACAACAUCAAGUACAACCUCUUCUUAUUCAUCAUCAGCUUCAUCCACAUCUCUGGCAUCAAAAUCAUCAUCAUCAUCAACAAACGUUGAAUGUUGUCCUUGUUGUUAUACGCCAUCUCCUACAUUUAGUAGUACGACCUCUUCUUCUUCCAUUACGAACAUGACAUCCAAUCCACAAUCUGACCUGGAGCCAAUCACUGCACUUGAUUUUUUAUUAGAUGAUCGACAACAACAACAAAAACAGCAACAGCAUCAAGAUAGUGGUCAUGCAUUCUUUCAACAAGUGACAGAAGAAUCAUCUCAUAACAACAAACCCAAAAAAGUAGGGACGAUGCAUCGCAUCUCCGUACCUGUCCGGUCAUGCAGUAGUUUAUUUCAACAACAACAACAACAAAAUUCAAUCACUAGUUCUGACAUCAAAUCAUCUUCUAUAUCAUCAUCAUCAUCAUCAUCAAAACAACCUCUUUUUACGUCCUUACCAUCUACACCCACUGGGUCCAUCUCUUUUCAAUGGCAACCACAACAAUCCCGCAAAAGAUUAACAUCCUUAGAAAGUCCGCUUUUACCUUCGCGCGCCCGCUCCGUGUUUGGGAAACUGGAUCAUCAACAAAAAGAACAAAAGGCUAUUUUGGCUUGGCGUACCACCGUAACACAGUUAAUCCAACAAAAAGAAGAAUGUCAACAACAAGAAAAGCAACAGCAAUGGCCACUUUCUUCUUGCGUUACAAACAGGGUAAUUUCUUUUGCAUAUAAGCAAAAAAGUUAGUCUUACACACACACACACAGACUGAUAUAUAUCUAUAUUUUUUUUUUU